UUCUCUCUCUCUCUCUCUCUCGCUCCUGACUAUAGACUCGGAACCAUUUCUGGUGCGUUUGCGUCGGUCUUCAAACGGUUGGGUUUUCACGCAUACUCGCUAGUUCCAGCCGACCACCACGAACACGCUGCUCACAGAUUGCCUUGGUGGCGAGACACACUCCAGCAGCAAACACGGCGUAUUACUCAUCUCGUGUAUAGAAUGGCCACGGAAAGGCGUCAGCCGGCGUCAGUUGAUGAAAAGAGCGCUGAUCGGACGGACCUACACGACGCUGCUGUUAUUCCGAACAACCAACCAACGCUCUACUGCAAUAUGGCCACAAUCGUUGUAGCACCUGCCGUCGGACCAGAACAGACGCAGCUCAUCUGCCCACACUGCCAGGCAUUGGUGCGCACGACGAUCGAGCAUCGUGCGAACACGCGAACGCACAUCUACGCGCUGCUGUUGUGUUUAUUUUUCUGCUGGCCCUGUAUCUGCCUACCGUACUGCUGCAACUCGUGCCGUGAUACGAUCCAUAAGUGUCCUCGCUGCAAAGCAUUCAUCGGCAGUUACCAUCGGUAAGCCGCGGUCAAUAAUGGCAAACGGAAUCAUCAUGGCAUUGACCAGACCGGUACAACCACAUGUACCACUCGGAAUGAUUUGGUAGCUUAUACGUUCGUUAAGCUGCUCUCCUGGACGCGAAUCUCGAACAAAGAAUCUCCUUUCCUAUUCUAACGAUUUUCUAAGACGCACCGCAAUCAACUACGGUUGCUCUGUACCGAAAACUAUCUGUACCGAAGAAUGAGAACGACGAAUGGAAUUAAUAAUAAAAAUUAUCUAUAACUGAAAAUUGGCUGUACAAUGUUACAAAUCCAGGUUUAAUCUAGAUUCUGGUUAGGUAGUUUUUCCAAGAGAAAGACACAAAAUCUAUAAACCCGCGUCCACACUAUAACAAUUUUUGAACGAAUGCUACUUAAUAUUAUUAGAAAUUAUCAAUAUAAAUUGGCAAAGCAAAAGCAAA